AGUAAAUCGCACUCGAAGAAAGGUCCGUCGUUUCUCGGGGUUCAGUGGCCAAGUACUGUUGUGUCCUCAGUGGGUUUUACAACCAGGAAGCUCAGCGUGUAUAGUUUUCACUAGCAGUCCGGAAAUGAAAGCUGGUUCACUCUGGAUUCACACAAGUGCUUCUUGCAUAUGAGAAAGUGGCUGCGAUCUGAAAAGAGACACUUCCCCUGGGGUUACCGGCAUGAUGUGCAUGCGUGCGUAUGUUAACUGGUAACACCGCAGACGUCACACGGGGCUUUCUUCUGCCAGGUUAAUUCCAGAUUCAGAGUCGCUUCAGCUGUAAUGCCAAUGCUGAUAGUCGUGCACAUCGUCUGAUCAACUCUGCCCGUCUUGGGUUGCUCGCUGUGUGUGCACUUUGAUCCCAUGUGACACUGUGACAAUCUCAGCUGAAAGGCAGUAAGGUGUUUGAUGGGCUGAAUACUCGGCGUACACGUCGUGGAUUGAACGUGACUUGUUAAACUCUCAAACCUGUUUUAUUUUAUGCAACUCUUUUGCGCUUCAGCUUUGAUGGAAUUACUGUUGGAGUGUCCGACUGAAGAAGGUGGUGCUCUUUAGGUGGCGUCGGACAAAGUAGCCGGCAAGCUGAGUUCGACUCUUUCAUGGGUGAAGAACUCUGUGUCUCUCACAGUCAGUCAGAUGGCUAGCCAGGUGGCUGCUCCGUCCUCGCUGCACACAGUGGUGGGAUCGUCCACUGUCUCACUGUCCUCGCCAGGCCUCUCUCCCUCAACUCCGUCCUCCACCCAGCUGAGCCCGGAUGAAGUGGAACUACUCGCCAAGCUUGAGGAGCAGAACAGGUUGUUGGAGAUAGACAGUAAAUCCCUGCGCUCAGUGAACGGUUCUCGGAGGAACAGUGGCUCCUCGCUGGUGUCCAGCUCCUCAGCCUCUUCCAACCUUUCGCCCCUGGAGGAGGAUUCAUGGAUCUUGUGGGGGCGCAUCGUCAACGAGUGGGAGGAGGUGCGCAAGAAAAAGGAGAAACAGUUGAAGGACCUGGUCAGGAAGGGCAUCCCGCAUCACUUCCGGGCGAUAGUGUGGCAGCUUCUCUGUAGUGCCCAGAAUUUGCCAAUAAAGGACCAGUACUCAGAACUGCUGAAGAUGACGUCACCCUGCGAGAAGCUGAUCCGCAGAGACAUCGCCCGCACAUAUCCCGAGCACGAGUUCUUCAAGGAGAAGGACAGCCUGGGCCAGGAGGUACUUUUUAACGUCAUGAAGGCCUACUCACUGGUGGACAGGGAAGUGGGAUACUGCCAGGGGAGCGCGUUCAUUGUCGGCUUGCUGCUCAUGCAGAUGCCAGAAGAAGAGGCAUUCUGUGUUUUUGUAAAGCUCAUGCAGGAUUAUCGUCUGAGGGAACUGUUCAAACCCAGCAUGGCGGAGUUGGGUCUCUGCAUGUACCAGUUUGAAUGUAUGAUUCAGGAGCAGCUGCCUGAGCUGCACAUUCAUUUCCAGGCCCAGAGUUUCCACACUUCCAUGUAUGCGUCAUCCUGGUUUCUCACCAUCUUUCUCACUUCCUUUCCUCUCCCUGUUGCUACAAGAAUCUUCGACAUAUUUAUGUGUGAGGGUUUGGAGAUAGUGUUUCGUGUCGGCCUUGCCAUCCUUCAGAUGAAUCAAGCAGAGCUCAUCCAGCUGGACAUGGAGGGCAUGUUACAGUACUUUCAGAAAGUCAUCCCUCAUCAAUUGGACAGCGGACCUGACAAAGUGAUCCAGGUCGCCUAUCAAGUCAAGUACAAUGCCAAGAAGAUGAAAAAGUUAGAGAAGGAGUACACUACUAUAAAAACCAAGGAAAUGGAGGAACAGGUGGAGAUAAAGAGACUUCGUACAGAGAACAGGCUGCUGAAGCAGAGGAUAGACACACUGGAGAAAGAAAGUGCUUCCUUGGCAGAUAGAUUGAUCCAGGGUCAGGUGACGCGAGCCCAGGAGGCCGAGGAGAAUUACCUAGUCAAGCGGGAGCUGGCCACGGUGAAACAGCAGAGCGAGGAAGCCAGCGCGCAGCUCGAACAGGCCCAAAGCACCAUCCGACAGCUCCAGCAGCAGCAGCAGCCUGUGAAGGGGAACCCUCGCUACUCUGAAGAGUUCAUCCUGCAGUUGGAGAGAGAGCUGGUCCAGGCUCGACUCAAAGAGGCCGAAUCUCAGUGCGCCCUCAAAGAGAUGCAGGACAAAGUCCUUGACAUGGAGAAGAGGAACGCGUCACUGCCAGAUGAGAGUAACGUAGUGUGUCUUCAGGAGGAGCUGAUUGCUGUUAAGCUGAGGGAGGCUGAGGCUCUGACGGGCCUCAAAGAGCUGAGACAACAGGUCCAGGAUCUGGAGGAACACUGGCAGAGGCACUUGGCACGUACAGCUGGCCGCUGGAAGGACAGUCCACGGAAAAACUCGGCAAAUGAACUUCAGGACGAGCUAAUGAGUGUGAGACUACGAGAGGCAGAGGCCCAAGCUGAGCUCCGUGAGACCAAGCAGAGACUGCUGGAACUGGAGACACAGAACCAAAUUCAUGGCAACCAGUUGCGGCGAGCUGAGCAAGAGUCACGUAGUUUGCACGAUCGUUUGCAGAUUUUGAGCGCGCAGAAUAAAAUGCUAAACUCAGAGUUGCAGGAGUCCAGACGCAAGCAGGCAGAGAUUGAGUGUAAGAAUAAAGAGGAGGUGAUGGCAGUGAGAUUAAGAGAGGCCGAUAACAUGGCCACCAUGGCUGAACUCCAGCAGCAGAUCUCUGAAUUAGAGAUUCAGAAGGAAGAAGGAAGAGUACAGGGACAGCUGAACAACACGGACUCUAGCCAGUACAUCCAAGACCUCAAAGAUCAGAUAGCGGAGCUCAAGCAUGAGGUCCGCUGUUUAAAAGGGCAGAGGGGCUUACCCGACCGCACCAAUUUUGAUAGGAUCCACAUCGUCAAUCACUACGGAGGGGACGACGAGUCGUACCAGUCCUCGGAUGAAGACGGCGUGAAGCCACCGCUUAACGUAACCCCCCUUCAAGGUGGCGGCCGCAUCAAACUCCACCCCCAGCUGGGAGACACGGACAGCGAAGCCGAUGAGGACGGAGAGAGUCUGAGGCUCAUGGUGCCUUCCACCAGCAAGAGCACCACUGUGUGACCAUCGAUACCAACACACCAGACUGCAACCUGCGGAGAAGUCGUGCCUGAGAGUUCAUAGCUGCAUCCAGAUCUGAAACUGCCAUCUGCUUCUGUGCAAGUAGAAAUUCUGAAAUCUUCUUUACAAACCAGGAAUCGGGAUUUUGAUUCACAUCUGCCUUCUCCAUUUUGUUUUUGCCAAAAUGAGCCAGAUGUUUAUAUUGGAACUUGCCUUUGAAUUUUGGCAAGAAAGUCAGUGGCUUGUUGUGCUUUUUAAAGCCACACUGGACAGGAGUAAAUACUGAAAGUCUCUAAGAAUACACAGAUUUUUCAUCACACGUCACUCUACCAGAGAUGAACCGACUUGUGCGGUAUAGUAUUUUAUGAUAACGCUUCAUUCUUCUAAUUUUUAUUUUUUUAUUUUUUAAAGAAUAAUCAAAAUCCCACGGUGUGCAAUCGUGGGUGUCGGUCACGUUGAGGGGAAACAUUAAAGGUUUAGGAACACUAUUGUUCAGAUGAACAUAAAACAAGCCUGCAAAUAAAAACGAAUUAGUGUCAUAUCUGCAACAAAAACUUUUUUUUUUUUUUAAACAUAGCAUGCGGUAUAUCUAAUUACCUUUGACUUUAUGUAAAAGCAGCUUGUCAAAGAUGUCACAUCUGUGUGUGUGUGUGUAUAUAUAUGUACAUGGGUUUUUUUUGUUUGCUUUUUUUUUUUUUUUAAAUCUCCUUUUUGACUUGAAAGUAUGUAUGUAAUGAGUUUCAUAUCCUGGAUGUACAGUGUACACUUCAGUAAAAAGGGACUUAAUCACUGCUUUUGGGAAACGAUUGAAUGCAACCCCGUGCUUACUUCUAUGUUCUCACUGUACUGUAUCCAACUCCUGAUUUAUAACAUGGUUCUUAUUAUCAAAAUAUGACAAGUUAUUGUUCAGUUGCCUGGAAAGAAAUUAUCGUUUUCAUCAUCAAUGUUUUUUUAAGCAUGUUUGAAAAGCGCAUGUACCACAUUUUAGAGCAGUUUCACAAAAGGCAAAUACAAACCAAGCAGAAGACUCUAAAGUCAUCAUAGGAGUAUUUCUGUUAUUGACACCUCAUUCAUGUUCAGCACAUAUGUUUGCACAGAACAUACAGCGAGUUCCAGAAGUACUGGAUGCUGACACUGAUGGUCGUUUUGGAUCUAGCACUGCAUUAAAGAUGCUCGUAAUUAAUGCUGGAUUGACCAUCAGUUAAUCAAAUGCACGGUGUGGUUUUUGUUACACGCCCUCAGUUUCUGACCAUGGCCUGUUUUCAUAUUGGUUGUGUACAAUGAAAUUCUCAAGUGUGGAUAUGGAACUUUUAAACCUUUUUAGUUCUGAUAAAACUGUUUUUCCCAGCCAGGAUAAAAUAGACUAGCGUCCUGUAUAAUGAAGUGCCACCCAGUUACCGUAUGGCUGUUUUGCUGUACAGUGUUUUCUGUUCAUCUUAGAAAUUGUUCUGCUGCUACUCUGGGUGAAGAAGUAAAUCAGAUUUCCAUGCUCCUGCCAUAACACUAAUGUCCAUCAUGGAUUGUUGUUCUGUUUUUUUUUUUUUGGUUUGUUUUUGUGUUUUUUAAUUUUUAUUUUUAUUUAAAUUACCAAUCCACACCAUACCCAUUCUAAACCUGACUGCCUUCUUAUAGCACUUUGCUUUAGCGAGUUACAACCCUUGCAUUUUGGUUCUCAAGACCUGUUGUGCUUUUGAUAUAGUUGUAAAAACAAAGAUUCUGCAAAUGUUUAUCCUGCAUGUGGUGAGUUCUCACAUCACUACUUACACUAGUGGGAUUUUUAUUUUUUUUUUCUUCGUCAUGCAAUAAACAUGAUUCUGGCAAGCCUUUUAUGUCUGUAUUAUGACAGGUUGUACUAGUCCCAACAGUUUAUUGCAAAAUUUUUUUUACAGUGUUAAAGAUACCCAGUAACCCAUUACAGUACACCUGUAUGAAACUGGAAAAUGAGUUCUGAAAUAAUUUGUAGAAGUGGUUUCUGCGACGACACCUUUUUUCAGUAUGUAAAAAUGCUCUAUGGUUUCCAAGUCGCUAAUCCAAAUUGGCUGAAUACACAAUCUAAUCCAAUACAUCUAAUCCUAAAGUAAACAAUGAUGGAUAAAUAAAUCAAACCACAAUGGUGUUUGACAAUUCCAUAGGAAUUAAUGAUCGCUAUCAUUCUAAUCUAAUCCUGUAGUGUCUCGUAAUGUCUAUCAGUUGCUUAUGGCUUUCACCCUGACAGCAGAAUGAACCAAUAACCCAUAACCUUGAGAACAACUGUUUAGGAGAAUACCCAGCUGCUAAUAUGAAGAUUAUGAAAUGAGUCAUGUUUCGGCUGGGUGGUCCAUGUUAUUCAAAUACUUAUGAUACUGUACAGGCAUUUAAACCUUCAAGGAAUACAUCUGUCUAAAAGUGAAACAAAUGCCUUUUUUUUUUUUUUUUAGGUGAACAAAAGUAGGCUGAACAGUGUACAAAAUGUGCUUGAAUGGCCAAGUUCUGAAUCUUAAAUUCGUGAUGAACCUACAGUGAAAAGUUUGGACACCACCUAAUUAAAUGUUUUUCUUUAUUUUUACUCAAUAAAAGUCACUUCGUGUCUUAAAGUAAUGAUGGAUGUCGUUUCUCUUUACUUAGUUGAGCGUUUUUUGACAUAAUAUGGAUUAUUACAGUUGUGGAAUAGAGCUAUUUACUGUAUUUUUAUUGUUUACCGUUUAUUUGAUCUCAAACGCAUUAAGAAGCCAAGAAAUUGCAGUAAUUAACUUUUGACGAGGUACACCAGUUAAUUGAAAAGCAUUCCAGGUGACGACCUCAUGAAGCUGGUUGUUAAGAUACUGCCAAUAGCGUACAAAGCGUCGUCAAGAUAAACGGUGGCGAAUUUGAAGAAUCUCAAAUACGAACCGUGUUUUGUUUACCACAUAAUCCUAUUUUUGUUCCAUAUGUUAUUUCAUCAUUUUGAUUUCUUCAGUAUUGUUCGAUACUAUAGAAAAUGGUCAAAAUGUAGAAAAACUUAUGAGUAGGGGUGUCCAAACUUUUGACUGGUCCUGUAUUUAAAAUGAAAUAUCGCAUUGUUGCAAAGAAAGGUGCCACAAUCAAACUUUUUAUUGCACAUGGCUUUAAGAAUUUUGUUAGUGUCCCAACGCACUGUCAUGGAAACAUUUUCCACUAUCAAGAAUGUUACACAUAAUAAGCAUUGUUCAUUAUUGUUAAAGAAAUAAUAACCCUAUAUAACAUUUUCUGUUAACAUUUUCAAAUAAAGAUCAUUUUAGCGAUGCCUUGUGUAACAAGUAAAGCACACUGGGAAACGCUGUUACAGGAAAAUAAUCAGUGACAGGGUAGUAUGAUGUUAUUACCACCCCGAAGUUGAUUAUUUUCCUAUAAUAGUGUGUCCCAAAAUGGUUUAAUCUUCUACCACCACAGCAACUUGCCGACAAUUGCAAAAAAAUGUAUAUUUAUUUGUUAAAUAAUGGCAUUUUGUACCAUUUGUAGAAUUUGUUAAUGAAGUUUUAACAUUUAAUGUGGAACAUCCGAGAAACAAGUCAUCACUUGCAUUAUAGCAGCUAUGAAUGACCGUUUCCUUGCCUUUUUCUUGGAGUUAAUAAAACAAAUAAAAUGCAGCUGGUCAUGUUAGCAAUAA